CAACAGGAGACGGAGCGUGUUCACGACGUUGGAGGAGAAGAGCCGGAGAGAGGUGUAAAGAGAAACGCAUCACUUAUAACAAUUUAUCUAGUUAAUCCCGUAUUUUUUUUAAACAAAAAUGUCAGAGGAAAAGCCUAAGGAGGGAGUGAAGACGGAGAACGACCACAUCAACUUGAAGGUUGCGGGGCAGGACGGUUCGGUGGUCCAGUUCAAAAUAAAGAGACACACCCCCCUCAGCAAACUCAUGAAGGCUUACUGCGAACGACAGGGUCUUUCAAUAAGGCAGAUCAGGUUCAGGUUCGACGGCCAGCCCAUCAACGAGACGGACACACCUGCACAGCUUGAGAUGGAGGAUGAAGACACCAUAGAUGUGUUCCAGCAGCAGACGGGUGGGCUCUGUUAAGCUCCUCCCCCCCCUCAGUGAUGGCCACAUUCAGACCACACCCUCAGCCACUUCUACAGUUCCUCUCCUCCCAUCUCUCCCCUCAGCUUUUUGUGUUUUAUUACUUUGUUCUUGUAAAGACAUCUAUCGCGGUUUUUUGCCAGUUUGGGUGAGUGGGAGGGGGUUCUCUGUUAACAUACAAUCUUAACCUGGUGUGAACUCUGUGUUUGUCUGUGGAUUGCAUCCAACGUUUUCCACUGGCCAAUGGGGGAAUCCCUUAUUGAUCUUGGGUCGCAAUUGGGUAUCGAGAUCGCAAGGUUGCUCCCGGUUUGUUUGUGUGUCCGUCUCUGUUAUCAGAGACACAGUGGAGGCAUUAGUCAUGUCACCAACUGCCUGCCAUGUUAUCCAGGGUCACCACCAGUUGUCCCCAACAUGCUCUGCAAGAGAAGCAAUAUUGAAACCUGUUAAUAGAAAUGGUCCUCUUCCCCAUCAAUUAACUUUCCCCACCCAUCACCCUUAUUCUAUGGCCCUGGCUUGUGUCUCGUGAAUUUUAAAUCUGUUUCAUCUUAGGUGCUUUUGUUAAAGAGCAAUUUUCAGCUUUUUUUUCUUUUCAUUUUCUCCUUUAUAAAAUGAGACGUAUAACCCAGGAGGCGUAUUGCUUUGUGUACAGAAGAAGAAUCAAAAUGGAUGCUAGAUAAAGUGAUGUGGGGUCUGGACCAAAACUCCAAAGACUGAACUCUCAUUUCAUGUCUGUGAAGCAGGCCAAGGUCAGACCUGGACUGUCAUGUUUAGGGGCGUGUCUCAAUAGUCCAGAAUUGCUUCCUCCUCUCGCUUUACCUCCUUAUGUGCACUGAGACAAAGCACUGGCCUGCUUAGGUGACUAGUAUGUGGUAGAUGCCUACCAGAAACCUCACUGGUCUGAUCUUUUCUCUUGAGGAGUGGAGCAGAUGAGGGAAGGACACACCUCAAGACUAUUGAUGUGCAUGCUCAGUUUGGAGGAGGGACAGUAAAAAGGGAAUCUUCCCUAAUACAAACACGGGACUUUAUUAUUAUUAUUAUUUUCUCUUUUUUUUUUUUUUCUGUUGAAGUGGGCCAGUGGCCAGUCCCUACAGCUUUCUUUUCAGCAAAUCUGCUUCUUUUGGUUUUUACAUCGGGAGGUAAUUAACUUUUUUGGGGGGGUGGGGGGGCGGGGAGGGGACUAGGUGGAAGUUGCCCUCAUGUUUAAAUAUCUGUUCACGCUUCCCACAAAUGUUUUUAUAACAGAUUGGAAGGUAUGAAACUGAUCUGCGGUGGAGGGGCGACUUCCAGUUCAAGCAUGACAUGGGGGGGGGGGGGGGGGGGGGGGAGGGGUUAGUGUUCUGUACCCACAGGUCUUGUCAUGUUAUUAGUUUGUUUCUCUACUGAUUUGUACAUUAUUUGUCUUUUACUACUGUAUACAAUAAAUAUAGUUUGGUACUCAG